GGUGAUGGGGAUUGGAAUGGGGGGGUGGUUACGGUGGUGUUGGGGAUGGGGGCGGGGGUGGUGGAGGAACGAUGUCCGUUGUUGAUGAGCUGCUAUAAGGAGACGCAGAGGAUGACGGUGCAUCAGGUUAGUACGCGGACGGUGGUGGAGGAUACGGUGCUGAGUGAUAAGGGGGGGAGGGAGUAUUUGCUGAAGAAGGGGAGCGUGGCGCAGUUGGUGAUUGGGGUGGGCCAUGGGAUGGAGGAGUAUUGGGGGGAGGAUGUGGAUGAGUUCAAGCCGGAGCGGUUUCUAGCUCAGGCCUCUAAGAAGGGGGAUGCUGGGGAGGGACCUGGCAGUUCCAAGGCCAUGCGCGCUGCCUUCCAGCCGUUUGGCGGCGGUACGCAUUUGUGUCCGGGGCGGGCCUUUGCCUUUGCUGACAUGAUGGCUGUCAUGGCGACGCUGCUGCUUGGAUACGAGAUUGACACCCUGGACGGGGGUGAGUGGAAGCUGCCCCCUUUUGCGACGAGGUCGGUCAUCGAUGCAGUGACAAAGCCGGCCAAGCAUGGCGAGCGGUUUGGCGUGAAUAUCAGGAGGCGGCAGGGCUGGGAGAAUGUACAGUGGAAGUAUGAGAUGUGAGUUGUCUAACAAGGAAAAGUUAAUUUCCGGUGGUUAAUAUACUCUGCUGGAGGUGGUCAACGCAAACCAAUAGGAGCAG